GAUUCCACAUUAAUAUACAUUAAUUAACAAAAUAUCAACCAAUUGUAAUUUAUUAACAUUUUCUAAUGAGAACUAAGGAGAACUUUUUAGUUUUGCUUAAAAAAGGAAAAACAAAAUGCCCGGAACCAAAGUGACGGUUGAGGAACUACGACGAAGUUAAUGAACGGACUGUACACAAACCAACUUCUCGGGAGCUCCUUAAUGCUGACCAGAAGACUAUCCGGACUUGGUGCAGGGGGUAGGACCUGGUUUGUCUCAUCCAUUUCUCGUUCUUUCACCCGAUCCAGCAUCAUGGCUAAGAGCAAGUUUGAGUACGUCCGCAGCUUUGAAACGGAUGACACCUGUCUGCGGAACUGCUACAUCGUUGUCAGACUGGACGGACGCAACUUCCACAGGUUUUCAGAGCAGCACGCGUUUACUAAGCCCAAUGAUGACAGGGCUCUGGGGCUGAUGACCAGGAGUGCUCGCUCUGUCAUGGAGGAACUGGAGGACAUCGUCAUUGCUUAUGGUCAAAGUGAUGAGUUCAGCUUUGUUUUCAAAAGGAGCUCCACCUGGUUCAAGAGGAGAGCCAGCAAGCUCAUGACCCAUGUGGCCUCCCAGUUCUCCUCAUCAUAUGUGUUUUACUGGAAGGAGUUUUUCGGAGAACAGCCCCUCUUGUGUCCCCCGAGCUUUGAUGGGCGUGUGGUCCUGUAUCCUAGCAACCGUAACCUUAGAGACUAUCUUUGCUGGAGGCAAGCGGAUUGUCACAUCAAUAACUUAUACAACACGGUGUUUUGGGCGUUGGUUCAAAAGGGAGGACUCACUACCGCCCAGGCAGAUGAUCGCUUAAAGGGAACGUUGGCGUCGGAUAAAAACGAGAUCCUGUUCUCAGAGUUUGACAUCAACUAUAACAACGAAUCAGCUGUUCACCGGAAAGGAACCAGCCUCGUUUGGGAAAAGAAGGACGAGACCGUCACCAAACGUAUGAAGCUUCCCAACGCAGAGGAGAAGGAGGUUCAUGUUACUCGCAGCAGGAGGAGAGUGGAGGCUCUUCACUGUGACCUGAUCGGGGAGCAGUUUUGGGAGGAGCACCCAGACAUCCUGGAGGAGGAGGAGACCUGCUGACAGCUCUGGUGUUAUUCUCAGCAUACGUUUUACUUUCCUUUAAUAAAUCUUUGUCACAGUGA